AUGCGAUCCCUCAUCCUGCCCCUUUUCCUCGUCUUCGUCAGCAGUAUCUAUCAAUGUGCUACACUCAGUCUUGAGGUCGACAUCCAUCUCAAUGCGCACUGCGAGUUCAAGCAGGACCAUAUCGAAGCAUUGCUCGGGCUGCCUGAUACUACAGUCCUUUUUCAUCAUCUCGAAGAUCAAGGCUGGAUUUAUAGCUUUGAUCACGCCCUGGGCUCAGGUGUAGAGUACCUCUAUUCAGAAGAAAGUCGAGAGGGUGCAAAGGUGGCCUACAAGAUCACUGCAUGGGCACCCAUGAAUGGCGUCACAGGCGACCCUACCGGUUUUGAGUGCUGCGCGGGCGAAACAAACGUAGUGGUCCUGCUGAGCUUAGUUGAGCCGCGCCUUGUCGAAGUGAAGACGGGGCGUUGGGCGUCCGCAUCAUGCAAUCCAGAUACUGAGCCAAGUAAUUGCUUUGCAAGAGGUUACAGAGGCACGAUCUGUACAGUCGACGAUGAUAGAACAUCAGUCGACUACUUUGUCGUCGACGAAGAUGAGGAUGACGAGCAGUAG